GAGCCCUAAGUGAACGGCCAUUUGCCUCUGCCUUUGAUCACAUCUACCUUGGGAUCCAUGGGAGGGUUUGAAGGUCAUCUGUUUCCUGGCCUGUCCUUAUUCCUCUAUGGACUUUAUCAUGCAGCACUUCUCUCCAGGGCUGUGAUAUGCAACUCUCCUGUCCAAUAUCCACCACGCCGUCCUUGGAGCAAAGGGAGAUGGGCAAGGUUACGGCAAAUGUAUUACAUCGGCUUUCUGAAGAUACUGAGUUCUUGCAUUUUAGUAGCCCAAGAGUUGAAUAGCAUUCAUUGGCAGCUGGUACUCAUCACCAAGAGGCAUCACCUGAGAAACUUCAUGUACCGCAAACAGUGGCAGCAUCUCACUCUCUACAUGUCCUUCUUCCUGAGUGGGUGUGCAGAUGUGAUCAGCCAGAACCUGCUGCCCAAGAGGUGUGUAGUUCUGGAGCAAUGUGCCCAAGCGUUGAGCAUGUAUCUUUUUUUGCCCCUGAUGGUGUCUCACAUGCAGGACACAGAAGGAGUGGAGCUGCAGAUUCACACGCUGCUCAUCCAGGCCAUGUUCCUGCUGGCCCUAGUGGGGACUAUAGAGCUGUGGGCUCCCAAUGUGCUGCUGCUCUGGAUGCUGAAGGCCUUUCUGUAUGUCGUCACCGGCUCCUGGCUGAUGCAGAUAGGCUUCAUGCUGUACAAACCAAUCUCUGGCUAUAAAUGGUUGGACGAUGACAAGAAUGACAUAGCAUUUGCCACCACUUUCUUCUGCUGGCACGUGGUCUCUGGAGCCUUCUUGAUGAUCUCAGCCUACGGUGUCACCGUUUUGUGGUAUCGUUACCUUGGUGCUGACGCAUGAACCUGGGCGAGCUCAAGUGGUUUCCUAUUGCCUGCAUGAUCCAAGGACAUCUGGAUGCCAAGUCAGGAGAGGGGAGCUUGACAGGAGGAUCCGAUAUCCUUCAGAGGUGUCCCAGCUUGAGGCGGCAGACUGUGGUAGAAUGGGUUUACCUUCUCUCUCCUCUGCCUUCUUCUCAUCUGAUUUGCUGAAGGGUACAGAAGAAAGAUAAAUGAAU